AUGACGUCGCUUGCGCUAAAAAUAUCUCGCGUAGCCCCUUCAUUGGGCAGACUCGCCCGCGCCACGCCUCGUGUGACGCCCGCAUGCACGCUGGCCGCCACCAGGACGGCAGCACCCUGCAUGCAGCCUGCGCGUGACGGGCCAGCCACACGAACCUUCCACACCACCACAUCCAAGCUUGCUCCCGGCGAGCCCAUCGUCAACAGCCCCUCGGUGCUGCCCGAGUUCAGCCUGCGCGGCAAAGUCAUAGUCGUCUCGGGCGGCGCGCAAGGGCUCGGUCUCGUGCAGGCCGAGGCGUUGCUCGAAGCCGGCGCCGUAGUGCACAUCUGGGACCGGCAGCCGGAGCCGGGGCCCGGCACCAACUACGAGAAAGUAGAGCGCAGAGCGAGGAGGGAGCUGGGGACCUCGCUGACGUACCACCAGGUCGACGUGCUGACGGGCGCGGAGGAGCUCCAUAAGAUCACCGAGGGGAUCGUGGCGAAGGAGGGGCAUAUUGAUGGGCUGAUCGCGGCGGCGGGCAUCCAGCAGGAGACGCCGGCGCUGGACUAUACCGCGGAGGACUCGAACCGCAUGUUGGGUGUCAAUGUCACGGGCGCGCUGAUGACGGCGCAGGCGGUGGCGAAACACAUGUAUCAGAAUGAUACGCCCGGGAGCAUAGUGCUGAUCGCCAGUAUGAGCGGCACUGUUGCGAACCGCGGGUUGAUCUGCCCCGUCUACAACGCCUCCAAAGCCGCCGUCCUGCAGCUAGGGCGCAACCUAGCGAUGGAGUGGGGCAUCAAGAACAUCCGGGUGAACACGAUCUCGCCGGGGUACAUCGUGACGGAGAUGGUGCAGAAGCUGUUCGAGCGGUUUCCCGACCGCGCCGUCGAGUGGCCCAAGCAGAACAUGCUGAACAAGCUCAGCAAGCCCGAGGACUACCGCGGCGCCGCGGUCUUCCUGCUCAGUGACGCGAGCCGCUUCAUGACGGGCGCGGAUUUGAGGAUUGAUGGCGGGCAUUCUGCUUGGUAA